AACUCAAAGGAUUUAUUGUUACAAACAAUUCAUUUAAAGUAAAAAAUGUCACUGUCUCAGUAUCAUCAGAUCAGCAAAUUGAAGCACUUUUUCGCCACCGUCCGCGCGAAUGGCGGGUUUAAAAACACUCUGUAUAAGUUGUGGAGAUUUGAUACUUUUAAGCAUGGCUGCCUGAUGGGCUGGGACGUAAACGGCAACAAAUACUACGAGAACCAGCGUUACAUGAUCGGCCGCAGCCGCUGGGUGGAGUACGCGGACCACUACAAGUGGGAUUAUGACGCCUCUCAGGUGACCCCAGAAUGGUUUGGCUGGCUCCACUACAUGACGGACCAGGUCCCGUGUUGCCACCUCAUCAAGUGCUGCAUGCGGCAGUCGGACUGCCACAACCGUUGGCUCCUGCCCCCCGUGGAGAACAUGACGGGAACCAUACGGCAGUAUUACCCGUACUCCACGACCAGGCAGGCCGUCACGGUGUGGGACGGUUCGAGUUUAUCCGAGUUGCCCUGUCCCCCCGUUUGCUGAAAAAGUAAAUAAUCACUUCAACUGAAAACGUAAUUA